AUGAAAUGUAAACAGUGUCAAGUUGACAAGCUUUCAGAAGAGUUUCCAUUUGGUACAAUUAGUUCAAAAUGUGAACAUGUUGCCUCCUGGUGCUUGAAGUGCCUUGUAAUAUAUCUGAAAAAAACACAACAAUGUCCUAUAUGCAAUGCUAUAUUAACUGAACAAGAAUUUAAUGAUUACUGCUUGAUUUGGGAUAAUGCAAGUUUUAAAAUCGAUUCAGAAAGCUUUUCGCAAUCGCAUAUUGAACUUCCUGGACAAAAUAAAAAUUCUGGAACCUUUUAUGUUGUACGAUUAAAUGGAGAAAAAUUUGAAUUCAAACUCUCUGAAAUUAAUACGAUUAAUGAAUUAAAACAUAGAUUAAUGAAUUAUACCAAGAUAGAUAUUGAAAGACAAAUGUUAAUUUAUAAAAACAUGAAACUCAAAAAUGACGAAAAUAAUACACUCACAAGUUAUGGAAUUUGUGCAAAUAGCCAUAUUCAACUUAUUGUCUUACUUUAUUCUAUCUCGAAAGGACAAGCUGUAAAAAAUUUAGUAUUCGAUUUACAUUGGGGCUAUCCUGAUAAAGGAAUAGACUAUCUCGACGGCACUUGUUUGAUAUAUAAAGGUAAUAUCUUAUGGAAAGUAUACGACUAUAAUCAUAGAAUUCAUCAUGGCAUACCAUAUAUCUCGCAUUCUGGGGACAUCAUGAAUCGCAAAAAAGCUAUAGGACAUCACACUAUUACAGCGAAACUCGACAAUCUUCCUAAUGAUGUUACGCAAAUUUAUUUAAUCUUGAGUUCAUGGAGUUCACCUACAAUUAGCCAUUUUCGGAAUCAAAGUUUUAAAUUAUACGAUAAAGCGAAUCCGUUUAAACAGUUGUGUAAGUAUGAUUUAAAUGAAGCUGGCAAUUCACAAGCGGUUAUAAUGUGUCUUAUUAAUCGAUCACUAAAUGGUUGUUGGAAUGUAAUUGAAAUAGGCAAGUUAUCAAAAGGAACUGCCAGAGACUAUAGUCCAAUUAUGGAAAAUAUUGUGAACAUUAGAA